UACGCGCACAGCUGAUUUGGGCUGGUCCCUCCAAUCAGCUGUCCUGCUGACUCUGUCGUACGAUGCUCUCGUGUUCUGCUCACUGUGGCUUGUUUUCAUCAUUGCCCAGCUCAGUCUCCCAGUCCACAGCAGCUUGAUGUCUCGUCUCAGUCUGUGGGCGCGGAUGAAGGGUGCGCGUGCUGAAAAGUGGACUGCGCACCUUGCUCGUGGGCUUUAAUAUCGACGCGUUUGAGAACAUCCUCUUCCUAAUGAUGCUCGAUGUUGCACCAAGGAGCGGUUUUGCCGGAGGACCGCGGUGCCAUGCAUCGUGGUGGUUUUGCAUUUCUACGCAGCGAUCCGCCACCAGCCUCUCGGUCCUUUAAUCAAACGGCCUCACAUGCAGCUAAAACCACUUUCACGCUUCAGAUCAGAUGUUUUUGGUUGAAUGCCGCAGCCGACAGGAUUUGGAGCAGCACUGGAGGCCAGCAUGGAGGACGUCUUUAUAACGCUUGGGAAUCAUAUUUAGAAGCUUUUGGAACUUAACAUUGCAUCUAAAGGCGGCCAUGGCUGAUGAGAGCAGCCUGUCUCGGCAGAUCGGGAGUGUGGAGAGGAGCGUAGUGUUCCUCAGGCAGGAGCACCUCACUCUACUCCAUGGCCUCCACCUGGAGAUCCUCUCCCUGCAGAAACGAUGCUCAGAGUUGACAAGUGAUCUAAAGAUGAAGCCUCCAGGCAGAAACCAAAUGGAGUUACUAGAGGAAGAGGAUCUCCUGGAGGCUCGCUGUUCGGACGUGGAGAGCCGCCUGGCCGAGCAGGAGUGCUCCUUAGGAGAACUUCGUGAAGAGUUGAGUCACAAAGGGGCUUUGGUGGGAGCCCUCAGAGCCAACCUCAAGGAAAAGGAGCGCCAUUUCCUGGAGGAGCUAAAACGCCGCAGCCACUGUUCCACCAUCCUUAACACAGAGCUGCAGAAGCAAACGGAAGCAGCAGCAUACCUCUCCUUCCAGCUGCAUGCUGCCAGGCAGAAACUGCACCACCAGCGGAUGCAACAGAGGCAGGGACUCCUCGCCCGGACCAACAGUCAGGGGGCCCAGUAUGGUGCGGAGCAGAACUCUGUUUCUCCACAGAGGCCGUCAGGAGCCUCCCCUUCCUCUCCCGUGGUUAAACCCAAGCGUAAGAGUGCCAGGGCGUCUUCAAGAGUGGAGCGUGCCAGGGAGUGUGUGCCCAUAGAGAAAGUGAUGGGCCCCGCAGAGCCCACAGCAAUGCCGGACCCCGCACUAUUCCUCCACCCUCGAAGGCACAGGGCUCGCUCCAGGCACGCUGUGGCACAAAGACACCCUCCACUAGGACUGGAGAAGAAGGAUGAGGAGGAAGGAGGUGGAGAGGGGUUGGUGGAGCCCCAGGCUGAAGCUGCCAGACUGGUGUCUUCAGCCGCAGUGCCCCCAGCUGCUGAGACAAAGGCUGAUUAGCGAUGACCGUGAACUGCACUUUUAACUGCAGUUUGAUUACGGGACAAUUAUCUUCUGUCAGACUGUUAAUGCUGUUAACUGUUGUUCUGCACCUUGACUGAAUUGAUACUAAGUUUUAGCUAAUGAAUUAUAUUACACUUAAUAUUUACUUUAAAAUGACACUAAAUAACUUGCAAAGCAAAACUCAGUGUUCGUCAAAUUAAGUUGAAUGAAUUGUCUUUUUCCACUGUUGUCACAUGCUCAGUAUUACGUGGGCCCCUUUAUUUCAAAGCGACCCCUUUGUAAAGAAUAUGUUUUUGGUCAUUUUUAGGCCUUUAUUUUUACAGGACGGCUGAAGACAUGAAAGGGGAGAGAGAGGGGGAAUGACAUGCAGCAAAGGGCCGCUGCGUAAACCUCCGUGUAUGUGCGCCCGCUCUACCACCUGAGCCAACCCAGCCACAAAGCAACCCCUUUUUGAUCUAUGGUGAUGGUGUGUGGUAGCGGCCAUUUUAGGUGGACUACAAGCCGAUGUGUUGUGUAACCCCACCAACUGUGAGCUUUCAAGGUCAACCAUAAAUCAACCAAACAUUUGUGUGACCUACAGCUGAGUCACAGCUGAAAAUGUCUGAAGUAGUAAUGUGCACGUCUGUGUGAGUCCUCCAUGUCAAAAACAAUGUUGAUUGGAAGGUGUGUGCAAAAUACAAACAACCACUGAUUAGAAAUGAGAACUUCCAAUAAAAUCCGGUAGAUCCAAUUUACCUGGAUUACACCAGUUUAUACAAUAAACACAGUAAUAAUAUUCAUAUUUAAUAGGCUAGAAUAUGUCCAUGAAAAUAUUUGAUCAGGAUACAUUAUUCCGGUGUUGUGUCACUGUUUAACUCAGGCGUGGAUUGUGUACUAAAAACACACACACACACACAAACAAGUACUACUACUACUACUACUACUACUACUACUACUUCAACUAGAUUGUGUUUGGGCUGUUGUGUCGGUUUCUUUUCCCCUCAGGGAAAAUGGGCAAACAAGAACAUGACAGUUUGGUUUGUUUUCAACUGAAACUUUGCAUUUUGUUAUUUUUCCAUUUUAGGCUACGCAAAUUCCCAAAGUAGCUGCAUCACAACGCACACCAAGACAGUGACUGUUUACUGUAAUUGCCAAGAGGGCGGUCUCAGCAGGAAGCUGUGUGUGUCCUCUGUUAUCAAAACAUGUGCACAUGGUGGCCCCUAGCGUAACAAGGAGCAAAUAGCAACUUAAAAAAAGCAGUAUAAAAAAGACCACACUAACACUUAUAGUGACUCUAUUUUAACUGUUUUGUAGUUGUCCGUUCAAUACCCUCCUUUAAUUGCUGCCUUAUAAUAGAGGAGCUGUGCAUACAGGAAACACAGUGUGGAUAUUAAAGACAUUUCUAAGUAUGUAAGUAUUUAUAGUUUCCUUUUGUUUCCCGUUAAGAGGACUUUUGGGGAUUUGCAUUUAAAUAUUUUCUGUAUGUUAUGUGGCAUCUCGGUUAUUUUUCAUUUAAGGUUGUUUACAGUUGGUUUAUACUUGAGCCAUGACUUAACUGAGCAUUGGUGUCUUUGAAACAAGCGUUCGUGUAAGACCGACUUUAGUUGUGAUUAGGUGCUGUGAGGCUUUUCUCGCCCACUGCAGCUACUGGUUAGAAGUUCAGCAUUAUGUUUUAGCAGUAUAUCCUCAAUAAAGCAAUAUAUCAAUAUAUUUAUAUAUUAUUAAUAGGUUACGUUAGCCGGUUUAAAGACACUCGAGGUGUUAGAUUUUAUGAUUGUUUAACUUUGUAUUUUGUAAUUGUUGUGCUCAGUAGGUUUUGCUUAAUAUUUUUUCAAAUUAUGAAAUUGAUUAUUUAUGUUGAUUGUCACUGAAUCUUUAAGUGAUUAAUUGUUUUGUUACGGUUUAUAGGAAGCAUAUCCAAGUAAGGAAUCGAUGACAUGCUGCUUGUGAAGCAGCGUUAAAACAAAUGGGCGUAUUAUUAUGCCACGUGAGACUAUCUGGAUGAAAACGAACUAAACCUGUCUUCUUUUUUAGUAAAAAUGCAAAUGUGACAAGGGGUUUCAUUCACCUCUCAGCUGGUUAGCCAUUCGCAUGACUGUGUGCACUAUUUUUCCUCAAGUUUUAUGAGAAAGCUUGGAUAAAGGUACAAAGCUGUCUGGUUUAGACUGUUAAGACUUCAUCACUCCACAUGUCAUUCAACUAAAGCGGCAGGUAGAUUAAACCCCCCACCCACCUUUCAUAAUAAUAAACUAACAUCCUGCAUAAUCUCACAUCAUCUUUGCUUUGGUAUUAUGUAACAACUUGGAUAAAGCAAUCACAAAUAUUGGUCGUUGUAUACAGCUACAAAGACUGCUGACUUGUUUGUCUACUUUGAAGGAAAAUGCUAAUGAGCCAAAGAGGCCCACCAGUCAAAUUAACAUGAAGAUGAAUGGUGUGAUGCCUUAAUGAAGAUGUCUUUUCAUAAAUGUUUCAGUUUAAGAGAGUAAAUCUUCACCGACUGAUUUGUUUUUCCUGCUGUUCAGAGCAGAACCCUACAUCCCACAACAAAUCAAGAAAGUAGAUAAUUUUUCUCACACACAGAGAAUGUCUUCCAUCUUUCUAAAUGCCUUUAUAAUAACCCUAAUCCUCAUAGUAAUACUUAUGACAAAAUGUCAGCAGCUUCUUGUCGAGGUCUUGUCCUUGUGGUCCUGGUUGAGGUCGAAUCUGUUCAUUUUGCAUCUUAGAGAAACAUUUCAGUCAACCGUAUGUGGCACCAUGAAGCAUCUUGUUUGACAUGUUAUGUGGUCUCUAGCAAUAAUGCGGUGUGGUGCCCAACAUGGAGAUGUUGCUCUAGAUUGUUGUAUGGUUUGGUCCUUGGUGAGCCUAAACUGAUUACCGCAUAUACUGUGUUAGCUUUCUAUAGUGAUCUACUGCACACGAGAUUUGAAUAAAAUGAAGGAUUGUC